UAACACCAAAACCACGUUCCAUUGAAGGCUCCCUCUUCUGUUUCCAUGGCCAUUUCUUGCACUGCAGAAUGGUGCUCAAGAUUCACACAUCACCAUGCAUUCCGUUCUUCCUUCUACACUCUUCCGAACCCUAACAUUUCUAGAUUCUUCAUCCAUGCGAAUUUCUCAGUUUCCCCUACACCAAUCUUGGAAGAAGCAUCUUCCAACUUGAUCCAUCAUCUUGAUUGCAACUAUGGAGAUUCUCCUUCCCAACAGUAUUCUAAGCUGUUAGCCACUGAUGAUGACCGGAAUCUGAACGAGUUCUUGUGUGGUUUAUUUGAGGAUUCAAAAACUGAGGAGCUUGCAUUUGAUUAUUACCAAAGGUUGAAGGAGAGAGCAGAGUUUAGACCAGAGAGAACAACUCUUAACCAUGUUGUAAGGUACUUGUGGAAACUGAAGAAAUGGGAUUGCAUUUCUUCAGUUUCUGAAGACUUUAAGAUUUAUCGUGUGCUUCCUGAUAGGGAUACUUGUUCUAGGUUGAUUUAUUCUUGUAUUAAGCAUAGGAAGUUCAGGAUUACUGAGACUUUACUUGAUGCUUUUCAAUUUGAUUCUGAUGUUGCUACUUUAGCAUUUGGUUCUGCUAUGAGGGGUUAUAAUAAGAUUCAUAUGUUUAGGAGAACCGUUUUAGUCUUCCGGCGAAUGAAAUUGAGUAAUGUUUCUGCUGAUUCUGUUAGUUAUUUACAUGUGAUGGAAGCUUACUCGAGACUAGGGGAUUGUGGUGAAGUGGUUAGGUUGUUUCAUGAGUUUGAGAGUAGGAAAUUGAGAGAUUCUGCAAGGUACUUAGGUGAGGCGUAUGAGAUUCUAUGCGUUUCGUUAGGGAAGUCUGGAAGAGCUUUUGAAGCUCUUGAUUACUUCAGAGAGAUGAUCAAGAAAGGGGUCUUACAGUAUUCAAUUUACUCCACAUUGGUAUACUCUUUCGCGAGUUUGCGCGAGGUUUCUGUUGCUGAGGAAAUUCUCAGAGAGGCGAAAAGCAAGACGGUGAUAACGGAUCCUGAGGUCUAUUUGAAGGUUGUGGUUAUGUAUAUUGAAGAGGGUUUAGUUGAGAAGACAUUGGAAGUUCUUGUGGAAAUGAGGGAUGCUGGUGUUAAGGUUUCUGAUUGCAUAUUAUGUGCUGUUGUCAAUGGAUUCAGCAAAAGAAGGGGCUUUCCGGCUGCAGUUCAAGUAUUUGAGGAGCUGAUUUCUCAAGGUUAUGAACCGGGCCAAGUCACCUAUGCUUCGGCUAUAAAUGCCUAUUGUCGCCUCGGCCAAUACAGCAAAGCAGAGAAGGUGUUUGAAGAAAUGGUGGCAAAGGGGUUUGACAAGUGUGUUGUGGCCUAUUCAAGCAUGAUUGUGAUGUAUGGCCGGACUGGAAGGUUGAGAGACGCAACGAGGUUGAUGGCAAAGAUGAAAGAAAGAGGGUGCCAACCAAAUGUGUGGAUUUACAAUUCCUUGAUAGAUAUGCAUGGGAGGGCUAAGAACUUGAGGCAACUUGAGAAGCUUUGGAAGGAAAUGAAGCGAAGAAAGAUAGCACCGGAUAAGGUGACCUACACCAGUGUAAUCGGCGCAUAUAGUAAGGCAGGGGAGUUUGAUACAUGUGUGAAACUUUUCAAUGAGUAUAGAUUGAAUGGGGGCGUAAUCGAUAGGGCCAUAGCGGGUUUAAUGGUUGGUGUGUACUCAAAGGCAAGUAUGGUUGAUGAAUUGGUCAAGCUCUGA